GCAAACCACGAGUAGUUGGACGAUGAUCAGUCUUGUUUAAUGUGUAUUAGCCAUGACAUAAAUGGACUAUCAUCAUUAUUUCUAGAAGACCUAUUGUCAAUUGAACUGUCAUGGCGUCAUCAGAUUUUGUCAGAGACAUAUUGACAAAGUGGGACCUCAGUCAAUGGAUUAAGAAUUUUGAAGAGCAACAAAUAGACGAAGAAAGUUUUCUCUUACUCGAAGAGAAUGACUUCAUCGACUUGAUCCCAAUAUUAGGACCACGGAAAAAAUUUGCUCACAAACACAGACUUCUAAAGGAACAGAACAAACACAGCAAUGUUGACGAAAACUUUGAAGUGGCCACGACGUCAACAGCUUCCAUUAACGCAGCCAAGAGUUCCUCAGGAAAUAGUAUGCCCUCAACCAGUGUGGAUAAACUUCUUUCAGAAAAAAGGAAACUUGACGGGGUUGAUGCAAACAGACAAAAAAAGAAGCAGAAAAGUAGUGCUAUAUCCAGAACAACUGCAAUGCUUGACAGUGAAGGAAAGGCAGAGGCGAAGAAGAUAAUGCAAAGAGUCAGAAGCAAGCUGGAUGAAAUGCCUUCUACAAAACAUACUACCUUCAUCAGAAGUAAAAUUGAUAUGUUGGAUAAAGACAGAAAAGAGAUGGUGGGUGUUUUUGGGAAGACUGGAGCUGGUAAGAGCUCCUUAAUAAACGCCAUCUUGGGUGAGACGAAACUUCUUCCUUCUGGAAACCAAGGGUCAUGUACCUCAGUGAUGAUUCAGGUGGAGGCCAAUAUGACUAAUGACAAAUACAUCGCAGAGAUCGAGUUCAUUACAGAUCAGGAUUGGAAUGAGGAGGUAUUGUCCAUCUUAGAAGACAGAUCUUGUGAAAAGGAAGAGAAAAAAAAUGUCAAGGAUGAUGGGAAGAUAAAAGCUUUGUAUGGAAAAGAGGGACUUCGAAAAAAUGUUGAGGAGCUAAUGGAUGAGAAGCACUUCAGCGAAAUUCCUGAAUUUUAUUCACCAUGUAAAAAAAUUGUAGUUUGUGACACAGGUGAAGAACUCUCUAGAAAGAUGGCUUGUUUCACAGUGAGUGACUCAAACAGUGAUACAUCUGAACAACUGUAUUGGCCGCUUGUGAAAUGUUUAACAAUCAAGGUGCCAAACUCUAAAGACCUACUGGAGCAUGUUGUGCUGGUGGAUCUUCCAGGAAAUGGAGACUGCAACAAGAGCAGAGAUACGAUGUGGAAGUCGUUUGUAGGAAACUGCUCAGCUGUUUGGAUUGUGAGCGACAUUUCACAAGCAAUUUCAGAAAAGGAAUGUUGGGAGAUUUUAGACAGCACUGUUAGUCUCAUUGGACCUGGUGGAGAAUGUAGAAGCAUCAGCUUCAUCUGCACCAAGACGGACAACAUUGAGGAGAGUGCAAAGGAUAAUGCUCGCGCCAUUAUUUUGACCAGAAAUGUAAUUACCAAGAAAAAAGUGAGAGAAACAUUCAACAAACAAAAAGAUGUAAAGAAACACUUCAGUGAUGCAGAAAGCUUUAAGGUGUUUACUGUAAGUUCCAAGAAAUACAACAUGGAAAAACAGAGUGAACUGGAUGAAAAAGCAGAGGAGUGGUUGAACGGCCUUUAUGAUACAGAGAUACCUCUCCUUCAAGAAUUUCUCAGAAAUCUCAAUGAUCAUCACACAAGGACAUCAGAUUAUAUUUCUGGAGUGGAUGGGAUCCUCUCUCUGAUACAGGCAGACAGAAACACGACAGACAGCAAAGAAGAGGUGUGCCAGGUUUUGGAACAGACGCUUGAACACAACCUUAAAUCCAUUGUUCAAUACAUGGAGAAGCCUUAUAAUGCUUUCGACCAAUGUCUCUCCAAAGGAGUUCAGCAGUCAGAAGAUUCAUGCGAGACAUUAAUGAGUGAAGUCUGGAAAAAAUGUCGUGGACAAUAUGGAAUAGUGAGGUGUUUAUGCAAGAAUAAUGGCAUUUACAAACCAAAAGGGAAAAGGAACAGACGGAAGGAAAUUAACCUCAAUGAGCAUUUAGCCUCAUGCAUGAGAAGUUGCAUUGAUGAAAAGUUUACAUUUUAUUUCCCAAAUGACAAAUGUGGCCCAAUCAGGAAAAAGAUUGAAGACUUCACCCUUGACACAAACAGCUUGGUUGAGAAGCACAAGAGUGUGUCACUGCAUCUGAAAUUCCUUAAUACAGAGGAAAAAAAGUUGAAGACACAACUAAUCCGUGACCUGCUUGACAAAAAGAAACAGAUCUACUUCACUCUACCCGACUCAAUCAAGGACUCUAUGCAUGUAUCCUAUACAAAUGCAUCAAUGCAUACAGGAAAAGGUUCUCUGCAAAGGAUGAAAGAUGAGCUACAUCUGAACAUAAAGAGAGCAAAUAUUUUCUGGAAGGCCAAGAAAGAUAUGAUGGAUGGUUUAACUAAACUGAAGGAUCACAUGGUGAUGCAGCUGAGGUAUAAACUAGAAGAAUCAAUCAGGAUGUCACUCCAUACUCCCAACAGCUCGUUCCUCCCAGAUGUCACUGAGGAUUAUAACAAGAUUAAGGACCUGAUGGCUCGCUCUUGCGUAAUACCAGUCACUACAAUAUUGGAUCCUCACGCAAAAAGAGUUUAGCGGAACAGAAGGAUGUGGAGAUCUGGUUACCAGUCUACUAGCUGCCACCACCCCCUUUUCCAUCAUCAACCCCAGACUGUUGUUUUCUAGUCAUCACACACAUCUGUUCCCCAUUCCAUCAUCAUCUUGUGUAUAUCUGUUCCCUCUGAUCCAUUUGUCCUUGUGCUCUAUUGUCUCAUAUCAUGAGUUAAGUGUUGGACUUCUGAACAGCUAACUACUGUUCAGAUGUCUGAUUUAGUUACAUAUGUUAAACCCCUAUCAGAUGGUUGCGUGACAUUCCGAAGCUUCAAACGUCAUCAAUCAUGUGGUAUUGUUGCUCAGAUGCAAGACUCGGGCCUUUCGCUUCGGGCAGAGUGGGUUGAAAUUUCAAAGCAAUCCUCACGCGUCGGCUUCACGCGUCUCAUCACAACUGCUUUCAACCCACUGGAUAUAAUAAUCAGAAUAAUCUCAAUUAAAACAUUGGAAGCACAUCUAUUUUUUUUUGUAUGCAGAUGGACAGUGGACAAUUUUCUGGUCCAGCCAUUACAUACUGAGGAAAAAUCUAAUAUGGCAAAAUCUAGUUGUUGCGGUUUACCAAAGUUUCCAUUUAUUUGUUCCGGUACCUUUACUUUAUUGGGAUACGAAGUCUCUUUUAAAUCAAUGUAGAAUGCUAUGUUACAUUGUGGCUGGCUAUGCUAUUGCUAUGUUAUUUUCUUUCACAUGAAUUAUUGAAAAAUGAAAAAAUAUACUAUUAUUAUUAUGAA